UUGUCAGUGCCUUCUCUCCUACAUACGUUUUCUGGCAAGAGAAGCAGAUGAAUCCCGCUUACGGGAAGUUUGUGAGAGCUUUCUUGGUCCUCCAACAGGGAUGGCAGAGUCCACACCGUCAGAUGCCAAGAAUGCAGCAUGGGAUCCUUAUGUGCUGGGAAUGAAAAAGCACAAACUCCUAAGAGAAGAUAUACUUCCAGCGAUGGCUUCAAACAGAAAGGUGCAACGGUUGCUCAAUGAGUUCAUGGAUCUACUGUCAGAAUAUGAAAGUGUUGAAGUCAAUGUGGAUCAAACCAGCCCAGUACCACCAUCAACAGAAGUGGAUACUGCUCCACCGUUGACAGAUCAAAUGCCUCCUUCCGAAAUGGCAAAGGAGACUGGUUUAUCAUUGACAGAUCAAAUGGAUUCUUCCACUCUUGCAAAGGGGACUGGUUUACCAUCAACAGAUCAGUUGGAUUCUUCCCCACCUGAAAAGGAUAGUAGUGGUUCUUGAAUCUAGGCCUCGCUCAACCAU